AUGGACGAGAUCGUACAGCACUUGUGGAUCGGCGAACUGGACUCGUGCAUGACGAGUGACUACCUGGGGAAGGCAAACGUUACACGAAUAGUUUCGUGCAUGCGAAAUCCCCCAUCGCCACCCGCGAAAAUCCCAGUCGAGGGUAGUGCUGCAGUGCGCUCCAUUUCUCCGGCGGAUAUCUUUGUCGUGCCUUUUGAUGAUUUGGACGAGUCGCCCAUGUAUGUGUACUUUGGAAAGGUGAACCGGUUUAUCGCCGAAGGACUGCAAGAAAAAUGGAAUCCCAUGGACCGGCACGACGACGAGGAAAUCGAAGGAUUGACCAUGCGCGACGGAAAACAUGGCGUGUGGACCUCUAGAGCGCCAGGCUCUGUGCUACGUGACUAUGUGCGCAGCGUAUUUGAUGUGGAGUCGUUGCUUUUGAUCCGGCGGCAACGCUCGGUUGCAAACCCCAACAAGGGUUUUUUACGGCAACUCGAGCUGUACCAAAAGGAGCGGUAUACCAUUAAUCUGCAGAGCCCCACGGUACGACGUUUCCUCAUCGGGCAGACCAACGCGCUCGAGGAUACCAUCCAGCCAGAUGUGUUCCUCAACGCGGGCACAAACGACAACUUUUCCGAUAUUGUUCCAGCGCCGCGCUUAGCCCGCGUGCGCUGCAAGAUCUGUCGCCAGGAGCUCGCGUACGAGUGCCAGGUGGUGGUGCACACGCCUGGGAAAGGCGCGCUUGCGUUCGAGCCGCACAAACGCGACCCUGGCAGCCAUACACGUACACCACUGCCCACGCAAGAUCCAGCCAUGCGAGUACAUCUUGCUCCUCAGCUCGUGCAAAGGCAGCUGCUCGCGCCGCAGUGCUCUGCCUACUUUGUCGAGCCGCUCACCUGGAUGCGCACCUCGUCUGGGCUGACUGAUGGCGUGUACGGGGAUCGCAUCCUUUGUCCCAAUACACGCUGCAAUGCGAAACUAGGCACUUGGACUUGGGCCGGCUCCCAAUGCGCGUGCGGUGCUUGGGUUACGCCGGCAUUUGCGCUCCAGCGUGCCAAGGUCGAUUUGCUAUGA